AUGGCGGACACGGACAUUGAUCAUGCCCCAGAAAGAGAUGACCCACCAAAGAACGCGGUUCAUGUGACUGCGACAGCACAGCCACCUUCCACCUUGGAGGAGUAUGAACGGCUUUUUGGUGUUGACGAAGACGCCUAUGAACAGCCAACCACCACCAGGAGAGAACUGUGGUCGUAUUACCUCUAUUACAAUGGUGAUAACGGUGUUGGUCCUGGAUCGUACAGUCAAGCGCUCUUCCAAUGGGCCUUGAAUGGUGCUGGCCAUCAACCUGGCUCGAAUCCUCCCAAAGCCUGCACGGGCUCCUCGGCAUGUGUAGUCCCGUGGGCUGGAGGCACAAGAUCAGUAGCAUCGGUUGUUCUCAUCGCUAACGGUCUUUGCUUCACUUUCAUGACAGUUAUAUUUGUCUGGCUAGGAAGUGCUGCGGACUAUGGCUCAUUCGGCCGAUGGCUCCUUCUGGUCUUGACGGUGGUCUGUUGGGCAUUGCAGUAUGGGAUGAUCUCCAUCAGACAUCCGAGUCAGUGGCCUGCAGCGAUGGGAAUGUAUGUUGUGGCAUACGUUGCCUAUGGUGCAACUUUGGUGUUCUAUGCCGCUGUGUUUCCCCGUCUGGCACGUUAUACGCCGCAUGUGCGUAAGGCAAGAGAAGAAGAUCUCAGAGAAGGAAAGAUCAGCCAGGAGGAAUACGAUGUCAUUGAGUCCUUAGAGAGGAAUCAUAUCAGGUGCGCUGAUCCCCUCUGCAUUCGUUAUGAUAUUUUCACUAACGAUAUUAGCAAUAUCUCCACUGCACACAGCAAUAUCGGAUACCUAUUGACGCUGGUGCUCAAUCUGAGCGUUCUACUUCCGCUCCAGAACAACAGUUUCUCAAACAAUCUGGCUCUUUGUCUCACCAAUUCAUAUUGGGUCAUUCUUGGUAUCUGGUGGUUCAUUUUCCAGCAGAAAAGACCGGGCCCAAAAGUACCCAAAGGAUCAACUUACACCAGCAUUGGCUUCAAGCAAAUUUGGCUGGCUAUUCGAGAGAUUAGGGCUCUGCCUCAAACGUUCUUGUACUUUUUUGCCUACUUUCUGCUUGCCGAUGGCCUCAACACUACUGGUACACUUGUCUCCAUUAUUCAGAAUGACUCUGUCUCAUUCUCCUUCUUACAACUCACGUAUCUCGGUAUUGUUCAAGCCGCUUGUUCAAUAACCUCGACAAUCGGCUUUUGGUACAUACAGCGGUACUUCAAGUUCAGCACCAAGACCAUGUUCCUAUUCACCAAUUUCUUCAGUGUGUUCAUACCCUUUUGGGGGAUGCUGGGACUGUGGACGAACCGCAUCGGCUAUCAUAACAGAUGGGAGUUCUAUUUCUACAAUGUCAUCUUCGGUCUCUUCCAGGCCCCAUACUAUGCGUACGCACAAACGAUGAUUAGUGAACUAAUGCCUCGUGGCUACGAUAACAUGUUCUUCGCACUCUUUGGAAUAACAAAUCGUGCAUCUUCAAUCAUUGGCCCCAAUGUGAUUCAGGCAAUCAUCAACAGCACCCUGAACAACUGGAUGGGCUUCCCAUUCUUGUUCGCCAUUUGCGCCGGAGCCAUGAUCACCAUUUGCUUUGUAGACAUUGAAAAGGGCCGUAAUGAUUGUCGGAAAUUCGCAGAGCAGCGCAAGUUAGACCGAGUUCUGGCAGAGAGUAGCUUAGCUGCCGAUGAUAUUGCAAAGGGGAAGCCAUAUGGUGGCAAUGGAGGUGUAGACACUGCAGAUGCGAGCACUUCGGCGAGAGAGUAA